UUCGAUGAAACGUAGACCGUUUUACCGACGCGGAAUUCGAAAUUCGGGCUUCACGCUAGCAUCACCUUAAUCUUAGGAAGAUGAAUGAUUCUUUUUUUUAAUAUUUACUUGUAUUAUUGAUGUUUGAGUGAAGCUAAAAGUUAAGUAUGGGAAAAACAACAAAAGUAGUUGUUUGUGGAAUGAAAGGUGUAGGCAAAACAGCAUUAUUGGAACAACUCAUAUAUGGAAACAUCACUGUCAAGACAGAAAUUCAUCCAACGAUCGAGGAUAUUUAUGUUGCUAAUAUAGAAACAGAUCGCGGUACCAAAGAAAAAGUGCGAUUUUACGACACAGCAGGACUAGAAUCUCUUCAGAGUAAUGCAAAUAAUCAGCAGCUUCCACGACAUUACCUUGGUUUUGCUGAUGGUUACAUUUUAGUUUAUGACACUGCAAAGCCAGAAUCCUUAGAUGUACUAUUUCCACUGAAGAAAGAUAUUGACAAAAAUAAAGAUAAGAAAGAAAUAACUGUGAUUGUUGUCGGAAACCGAACUAAAGCUGAAGAAGAAUCUCAUAGUCUGGAGAACACUGCAAGUAAUAUUGAUUUUACUAAUCUGCUUGAUCGACAACGUCCGUUAAAUCGUGAUUGUCUUCAAGAAAGCCCAAGCACCUGAAGAUCCUUAGUCCCAUCUCGCGUUAUUCUUCGUGCUCGAAGAGCUUUUCAGAAAAGUGCGAAGCGCGCAUAUUCAGAAAAACAAAGCUAAGAGCAUUCCGUAAACGGUAGUUAUAUACUACGG